AUGACCGAUUUGCAGAAGAAGGUCGCCCAGGUCGGCGGCUACCGGCAGCUCGAGGCUCAGCACGAGGCCAAGGUCGGCGCUUGGAAUGGCCGUCAUGAACUCCUGAAACAUGGAUCUAUGAAGGAAAUGACCAUCCUUCUGGCUAUUGGGGAUAAUGCCCAAAGUCGCCGCCGCCACCGUCGUCGGUGGCGCCGCUGGCCGGGGGAAGAGGGCGCGGGAAACGUCCGGGUGGCGGUGGGAUAUGCGGUCGACCUCGACCCUUAUAUGCCAGUACAGAGGACUACCGGCCAGCACGGCGUCGUCGUCAGCGGGGCCAAAAGCCCCCAAAAACCUUGCUGCGUGUUGUUGCAGGUUGAUACCGCGGACAGCGUCAUCACCUCGAAAAUCCACUCGGUUACGGUGAUGGGCAGCCUGCGGCUGGCGCUGUCCAGGUGCCGUCGCUGGAAGCCUGAUUGA